AUGUCGGAGGAGAAGAUGACGCUGUCGGUGUCAAGGGAUCCAGAUCCAAGAGGACGAGGACGAAGUGGUUCAGUCGGCUCUUUGUGUUUGUCACGUAUAGUGUUCUUUUUGCUUGCUGCUUUUCCUUUGUUUGCAUUUGCCUGGUCUUUCUGUGUUGAUUCAGACGGAGAGUUCGUGGUUUGCCUGGCUGGCCGCCACAAGAUUGUGCCGGGUUCCAGAGAGGAUGGUUCGGAAGACGAUGGUUCGGAAGACGAUGGUUCGGAAGACGAAAAAGGAACUAAAGGCAAAUAG